CUGAGCGCAUAAUAGCACUAGAGUGACGAUUCAACACUUCAUUGUUGACUGUGAGUUACUGUGAGUGACUGUGAGCGAGAGACACGCACACACAGAUCAGUCUCUCUCUCUCUCCACCCACCACAUCAGUGCUGCUGUAACGCGACUCAGAAAAGGUUCUUCCCUCGGUGUCUCCAGUCCUCCCUGAUAACCCCUCAGAAUUUACAGCGCACUGGAUUAUUAAACGACGCACGCUUGGACUACCACACGUCUGUAAUCCGCGGUUAAAACCGCACAGAAUCGGCGUACAAGAUGAAUUCGAUACGACAGGUUCCGUCGAGGAUGAAGACCCGAAUGUCAGAAACGAGUCUAGCAGCCGAGAGGGAUCAUUUUGAGAAACAGCAGCUCAGCAGUAUCAGUAAGGCCAUCAAUUCUACAGAGACACCGCUGAAGGAGAAACAUGCUCGCAGAAUUAUUUUGGGAACUCACAGACAGAAGGGGGCGUACACCUUCUGGUCCUACGCCAUGGGCCUGCCCCUGCCCAGCAGUUCCAUCCUCAGCUGGAAGUUCUGUCAUGUAGUACACAAAAUCCUGCGAGAUGGCCAUCGCAACAGUUUACAAGACUGUAUGAGACACUACAGCGGGGUUGCUGAAACAGGGUUGCUCUGGAAUAAUAUCAGAGACAGACAUGGAUAUGCACAGCUGGUUUCUGUAUAUUCUAAGCUCCUCUGCAACAAAAUGGAGUUUCACACUAAGCAUUCGGAAAUCCCAUGCAGUUUAGAGGUCACAGAUGAACUCCUGGAGCGUACGGCAGGAACAGACAUCAAUAACGUGUUCCAGCUUACUGUUGAAGUCUUUGAUUACAUGGACACCGAACUUCGAUUAGCAGAAGCAGUGAUUCGCCAGCUCAAUAUGUCUAUUGCAAUUUCAACACUGACAUCAGGUCAGUGUAAGCUAGCUCCUCUCAUCCAGGUCAUCCAGGACUGCAGUCAUCUGUAUCACUAUACUGUCAAACUGCUCUUCAAACUCCAUGCCUGUUUACCAGCAGACACACUUCAAGGGCACCGCGAACGCUUCCAUGAUCAGUUUCACAGCUUAAAAACGUUCCUGAAUAAAGCACGAGACAUGAUGUACUUCAAGAGGCUCAUCCAGAUCCCCAGACUGCCUGAAUCUCCGCCAAAUUUUCUGCGUGCUUCGGCUCUAGCGGAGCACGUUAAACCCAUGGUUGUCAUCCCAGAUAACGAGGAGCCUGAAGAACUGGAGGAGGAUGAUCCCGAGCCUCUGAUAGAUGUUAGUGAAGCAGCGACCAUCACAAACUCUCAGCCAAUGGCUGACAUAUUUGAUCAGGCAUUCGGACCACCCAAUAAUGGAUUUGAUGAUCGUGACCUGCAAAUCGAACGUCUGAAGCGAGAAAUUGAAUUGCUACAAGCCGAGCUGGAGAAAAUCAAAGGAGAGGCUCAGCGAUACAUCACGCAGCUGAAGUCACAGAUCAACAGUCUGGAGGCUGAGCUGGAGGAGCAGCGCAUGCAGAAACAGCGAGCGCUGGUGGAGAACGAACAGCUGCGGAUAGAGCUGGAGUCAUACCACCACCGCAGCGUUGAGCACGAGAGCCUACAGGCCACGUUUACAGAAGCCGAGAAGAGAGCACAAGCAACAGAUAUGCGCUACAAUAAACUGAAGGAGAAACACGCCGAACUGGUCGCCAACCAUGCUGAACUUCUCCGAAAGAGCGCAGAUACUGUAAAGAUGCUGUCAGCCACACAGCAGACUCAAGAGGAAGUGGAACGAACCAAACAACAGUUAGCAUUUGAGAUCGAGAGUGUGAGACAGGAGGCUGACAUCAAGAUGGAAGAGCAGAAGUUUGAUAUGGAAAAACUGCGACGAGAACUCGAAGAGAAAAACUCUGAGAUUUACAGAGUCAAAGCUUCACUGCAGUCCACUGAGAAGACCGGAGAGAGGAUGAACAGCUCUAUGGCUGCUCUACAGGCAGAGAAAGAGAGAUUGAUGCGCUCUGUGAGCGAGAAGGAUGCUGAACUCUCGUCUCUGAAGCAGGCGGCUCAGUUGAAAGAGUCAUCGCUCCUGCAGGAACGGGACAGAAGCAUCAGGGAGCUGGGAGAACUGCAGGGCAAACUCAAAGAGAAUUCAAGUCGUGAGGAACAGCUCCAGCAGAAGUUGUUGGAGGAGCAGUUCUCUCUCCUUCAGGCCACCGUCACUGAGGCUGAGAACAUCAUUCAGGACGCUGUGGCCAAACUUGAUGACCCGCUGCAUAUCCGAUGUGCCAGUUCCCCAGAUUACCUCAUCAGCCGGGCCGAGGCCACGCUUUCUUCCGUUGAUAAAGUUCAAGCCGGCCACUCCGAGUUUGUGAAGAAUAUGAAGGAUGCUGGCGGUCUGGUUAGGGCUCUUACUAAGUUCUCUCAUCUCGCGGCGGACACAAUAACCAACGGAAGCGCCACGGCAAACAUGGCCCCUACCGACCAAGCUGACCGUUUGACAGAGCACUGUAGGGGUUGUGCCACACAGAGUCUGCACUUUCUUAGAGACCUUAAAUCAAAAUCAUCUCUGAGGGGAGCCGAUCCCGCCUCGAUUCGAGCAGCGGUUCAGAAGAUCCUCAGAAUAGGACAGGAUUUGAGGCCAAAAGGAAUGGAUGUAGGGAAAGAUGAGUUGGGUGACGUGGUGGAGAAAGAAAUGGCUGCUACCUCUGCUGCUAUCGAAGAGGCUGUUAGGAGGAUAGAUGAAAUGAUGAAUCAAGCCAGGAAGGACACAACAGGAGUUAAAUUGGAAGUUAAUGAGAGAAUUCUGUUUAGCUGCACUGAUCUUAUGAAGGCCAUCCGUAUGCUAGUGAUAGCAUCCACAGAUCUGCAGAAGGAGAUUGUUGAAAGUGGAAGGGGCGGUGCAACAGUGAAAGAUUUUUACGCUCGUAACUCUCGCUGGACAGAAGGUCUUAUAUCUGCUUCUAAAGCCGUAGGAUGGGGUGCGACACAGAUGGUGGAUUCUGCAGAUAAGGUGGUGUUACACACGGGGAAAUAUGAGGAGCUGAUCGUGUGCUCUCAUGAGAUCGCUGCCAGCACGGCACAACUUGUUGCAGCUUCCAAGGUGAAAGCAGAACCGAGCAGUAAGAGGCUGGGUGUGCUGCAACAGGCCUCGCGUCAUGUUAAUGAAAUGGCUGCUAAUGUGGUGGCGUCCACCAGGACGGGACUGGAACAAAUCGAGGACAAGGACACCAUGAACUUCUCCGGCAUGUCUUUGAUCAAGCUGAGAAGAGAAGAAAUGGAGACACAGGUAAAGGUUUUAGAGCUGGAGUCCAUGCUGGGUAAUGAGCGUCUGCGUUUGGGUGAGCUCAGGAAGAAGCACUAUGAGAUCGCAGGUGUCCCGCUGGAGCCGAUGGCUCAGGACAACGGUCUACAGACCUCCUCAUAUGCUACCCCAUCAUCUCCCAAACCAUCUAAACCCACUCUAAUGAAGAAACCAGCUUUCGCACAGAAACCCAACAUCCCUUCUAAAAGCAUGUUCAGGUGAGCAUGUCUUGACGAAGAUAUUUGAAGACUUGCGUGAAAUCAUGGUCAUUUUUAUCCUCCUCUUGCAGCCCCCCCCCCCCCACUUUUAACCCUUUCUGUGACUGCUCAUUGAAAUGUGCUGCCGUAGCCUACAGGUCAUUGUACAUUUGAGGGUUACUUGUGCCUUUUUAUCUUAGAUGUGGAGCUACACUAUUGUUUGGUGGAAGUAGCCGAGAUUUGCACGGGGAUUAGGGGUAUAUUUAGAUGCAUAGAAUCCCACUAUAUUUAUGUAAGAAAUAACAGAGCGUUUGACAUUGCACAUAGAUUUUGAACUGAAACUCAAUCCACCUUGCAGUUCACUCCCUGGAGUCAGUCCCCCUGAGAUCCCCUCAAUGUUCAAACCCUUCUUGUUUUUAGAUUACAGAUAUUAUUAACUGUCUUAUUUAAAUAGCACAUAGAAUGUACUCGGGUAAAUAGUGAGUAGCUUUCUGACUUCAGGUCAGCAACAACAUCAUUGCAAUACAUUUUUAAUCUGUAAGUGUUCUCGCAUACAUUGUUUUAUGUGUGAUUCUUAUAAAGUGUUUAAAACGUAUUCGUGUUACAAUAAACAUAAGGGUAAUAUGGUAUGAAAUGAAUUCUGCCACACUAUGUGUAUAUCUACAGAGUACUGUAUAUGUUGAGCCUUUUUAAUUGGGAGGUUUUUCAUUGAAUCGGGGUGAAAUGUCUCUUUCUUCACAUCUAUAGAUUAUAUUUUACUCAUGUUCGACUGUUCCUUGUAAUAAAUGUAAAAUGAACAAUAAAUGUUAGAUGUGUGGACACUGUAGCACAGAUUGUAUUUAAUGUGAAAUGUGUUAUAUGCUUUACUCUAAAUUUGAAUAAAUAGAUUAUUCGGAUUAAA